UUGUCUUUUAUUCGACAGUUUCUUUGCACAUGUUCAUCGAUUUCUGUGGAAUUUAGGGAGAGUUUAUCGAAUUCCUUAAUAAAAUGGGCGCGAUAACAAGCAGACAUCGUGUAUUUAAUGCAGGUCUUACAAAUAUCGACAUAAAAAACAUAGAGGAGGAGAAAAAACGUGAAAAUCCCGGGACUUUAGAUGAGUUGCAUAAAAAGACCAAAGAUGUGAUGCCAGUUAAUUUUGAAGGAGGAAAAUUGAUGGUUAACAAGGGUAUCUCUAAUCAUUUCCAGAUGUCCCAUACAUUAACAAUGAGCUCAGCGCAAAAUGGUUACAAACUCGGUGCUACAUACAUUGGCACAAAGCAGAUCUCCCCUACAGAGGCAUUCCCUGUGUUGUUGGGGGACGUUGACCCCGCCGGCAAUGUCAAUUUUAACCUCAUCCACCAACUCACUCCAGAAAUAAGAGUCAAAGGAGCGGCACAGAUACAAGAAUGCAAACUGACAGCCACCCAGGGUACAUUGGAGUACAAAGGCUCAGACUAUACCGUAGCAAUGGCAGUUGGCAAGCCUGAUUUUAGUGAAAAGUCUGCAGUUUUUGUUGGACAUUAUCUACAGUCAGUGACACGACGGCUGGCACUGGGCGCGGAGUUGGUGUACCAAGCCGGCGCGCGGGUCAUGGGCGGCGAGAUCGCCAUUACCUCCGCCGCCGCGCGGUACACCAUGGACGACUCGGAAGUGUCGGCGACGCUGGGAGCGGCUGGCUUCCACGUAUGCUACUUCAAGCAAGCCAGCGAACAGUUACAGGUGGUAGCAGAGAUGGACACGUCGUUCCGGGGGCUGGAGUCUGUCGGCACCAUCGGCUAUCAGGUCACCAUACCAAAGGCAGAAAUUGUAUUCAGAGGCAUGGUGGAUUCAAACUGGAACAUCGGCGCGGUGCUGGAGAAGAAGCUGCAGCCGCUGCCGUUCACAUUCGCGCUGUCUGGCAUGGCCAACCAGGCCAAACAGCAGUUCAAGUUUGGCUGCGGACUCAUCAUCGGCUAGUGACUUAGUGAAGUGAUGUGCUAACAUAACUAGUGCAAGGACGAGCCCGAUUGUGCUUUGGAUUGUGUCUCCUGCCCCCGAACGAGGUAUAUUCACAGCUAUCAUUAUUUUCUUCAACAGAUCAGCCAUGUGUAAUAGACAGUAUUCUUGACAUUUCCAUUAUAAUUAUGAUUAUUUUCGUCCUUAGCUGAUAUUUUGAUAAACAUUUUGUCAUUUGUUUGAUAUGUCAGUAAAUAAGAAAUAGUGAUUGCUAGCUAGUCACAAUGUGGAAUAGUAGAACACGGUUUGUGAGGAGUCAUUCUACCAUCACAUCACAUUUGUAGUGGUCUUAUUGGCUAGGAUUGAAGUAAUUCAGAUUUAAGCUGUGAUUGAUGUUGAUGCCAAAUUGGAAUUUAUUGUGGAAGGUUUGGCCUCGUAACAUUGAUUGGCGCGUGUGAUACAGUCCAAAACGCAACGCCCCUAAUUAUUAUAGACAAUUCCUAAAUUAAUUCUAUCACAAACCCCGACGAGUGUAUUGUAGCUUACGAUCUAAGCGCUGUGUAUACUUAUGUAUUGAUUUUUCUUUUUUUGUAUGAGAGCAUUUUUAGUAUUUGUUAUAAAUGUCGCUACGCACCAGAAAGCAUUUAUUGUUUGAUGACGUCACUCUAGCCAACAUUCAACGUCUCGAAUAUGUAACAACAUUCAUUUUAAAAUUGCAUUUGAUGGAAGAUAACGGCUGUAAAAUACGAAUUGAGUUCUCAUAAUGAUUCCAGUGAAUGUAUACUACUCAAAAAUGAAUAGAGACAGGCAGUAAAUAGUGUUUGGAAGUGAUAAUAAAUGUAUAUUGUUUUAUACAACAAUAAUACAAUAUAUUUAAUCAAACGUAAGAAAUGUUAUGGCUCUUUUAAUUUUGGAGUAGUAUAUGAUAUUUAGCUAGAAUAUCUAAUGAUUAAGGCUUGGGGAUGUGACAUCACUUUAUGCAAAGUUAUACAAAGAUAAACACAUUAUGUAUAGAAAAGCAUUAUUGGUUAAUUGGAGUAAUGUUUAUACUCCAUAACGAAGCACCCACCCAUAGUUACAAUUGCUCAAGGAGCCAGAGUGGCGUCGCGUCGGCAAUCUGUUGGUACCGCAACGUGUUGUGUAUGAUGUAGAUAGGUAAUGGCGUCCUGUACAUAGAGCCUGUUGUUAAAAUGUUUAUUUUUAAUAGAGUUAUGUUAAUAAAUCAA